AUGGCAGGAUUCAAGAUUCCCAUAUUUGUAUCUCUUGUGCUAGCAGCAGGCGCUGAAGCUCAGAUCGCCGCCUAUGGUCAAUGUGGUGGCACUCCCUGGUGCUUCAACGUUGAUUGUCAACCCGGAUAUACAUGUUCAUUCCAGAAUGCAUACUAUUCUCAAUGUGUACCAAUUGCUCUACCUCCUGGAGACUUGGCUCCUUAUGGCGCGCCAGGAACCUGCACGCCGACUCCUCAAAACUGCGGUGUCACGAACUCGCCUCCCUCUUGUGCUGGCCAAGUGAGAUUCGCAGGAAUCAACAUUGCUGGUUGUGAUUUCGGGACAGAUACAACCGGAACUCAGACUCCAUCCGGUGCAUAUUGUCCAAUUGGCCCAUACAACCCCAAUGGACCCGGCCAAAUGACCCACUUCGCGUCCGAGAACUUCAACAUCUUCCGUUUACCAACGGGUUGGCAAUAUAUCAUCAACAGCGUUAAUCCCUCCUCGACACUCGACCCCACCAACUUUGGAAAUUACAACAGCUUGGUACAAGCCUGUUUGAGCACUGGGGCUUACUGUUUAAUCGAUAUACACAACUACGCCCGAUUCAAUGGAGCAAUUGUCGGACAAGGUGGCCCUAGUAACGCACUCUUUGCGCAACUUUGGGCAAAUAUCGCAACAGUCUACGCUUCGAAUAGUAAAGUCGUCUUCGGCAUAAUGAACGAGCCCCACGAUUUGCCAAGUGUUACCACGUGGGCUGCGACGGUUCAGGCUGCGGUCACAGCGAUCCGUAACGCAGGUGCAACCUCACAAUUGAUCCUCCUCCCAGGUAAUGAUUGGACUGGUGCAGGUACAUUCGUCACUGAUGGCUCUGGACCUGCACUACAAUCAGUCACCAAUCCAGACGGCUCGUAUACCAAUCUCAUCUUUGAUGUCCACAAAUAUCUCGAUUCGGAUGGAAGUGGAACGGGCACCAUAUGCGUUGGUGAUCAAGUUUCUACAGCUUUUGCGCCGCUGGCUCAGUGGUUGAGAUGUAAUGGACGACAAGCUAUUCUGUCCGAGACGGGUGGCUCGAGUGAUCCAACUUGUUUGACGUAUUUGUGCUCAGCUGUUUCUUUCUUGAAUGCUAAUUCUGAUAUUUAUUUGGGCUAUAUCGGAUGGGCUGCGGGCUCGUUCGCAGUUGGCUAUAACUUGGGAGAAACACCUUCGUACAGCAACGGUGUGUGGACAGACAUGCCCAUUGUCACUACAUGCUUGGUUCCGAAAUAA